CAUAGUGGGCGUGGUCACUUGGUACCGCCCCCUCGUGUCUCCCUCAGGCAGUUUGUCCGUUAGAGAGUCGGGGGAGCAUCUGGCGAAGAGACCCGGACUGUGCGAGAGACGCUGUGAGUUCUGUGCACCCUGCUCUGCAAGUUGCUACCAUGGAGAUGAGCCGAGCUGGAGAGGCGAGGAGUAAGGGCGAAUCUUGCACCACGUGGAGUGCGCUGUCCUCAGAGGGCACCGCCUCCAUCUGCAGCAAAUCACCGCAAGAAAUCAUGGCUCUCUUUGGCCCUCACUUGACCAACCGUGAGAAGCUAGAACUCGCAGCCAUGCAGGAAGUGUGGUACUUUGCACUUUUCAACAAAUCUCAGGGAUUCAACAAUGAUGGAUACGACGACUACGAACGAAAUUACAUUCUGUUCCGGCAUGAGCACCUCCGCUAUCGCUAUGAGGUGCUGAAGAAGAUUGGAGAAGGAGGUCAAGGCCAGGUUAUCCAGUGCCUUGAUCACAAAAGAAACAUCCUGGUGGCCAUCAAGAUCCUGGUGUCACCAUCGAGCUCCAAGCAAGAAACAUACCAGAAGAUGGAGCUCCAGAUAGCUCUGGAACUUCAGGACGAGGGCAGUGAUGAAGAUUUCAACGUCAUCAAAGUCCUGAACAUAUUUCAUUUCAGAGGACACUACUGUAUCGUCAUGGAGCUGUUGAAGGAGAGCCUUCAUGAAGUGAUUAGGAAUGCGGGGCUCCGACGGUUGGACAUGGCGAUGGUGAAAACCUACACCAGGGGCAUCCUCAAGUUCUUGCGCCACAUACAUUCCAGGAAAAUCGUCCACGCGGACAUCAAGCCUGAAAAUGUUCUCGUCAAAGACACCGUGACUGGCACCGUGAGGAUCACGGACUUUGGCACGAGCUUUUUCGUGGAAAGUCAACCUAUGAAUGUUGGUGGCACCCUAGAAUACUUGGCUCCGGAGCUGUUGCUGGGCUAUAGCUUGACAUGUGGAGUGGAUAUGUGGGCGCUGGGCUGCACGGUGGCGGAGUUGGCGACGGGCAGGGAAUUAUUCCGGUCCAACAGCCACGAAGAUCACCUCCCGCGCUGCAUAGAGAUUCUGGGGAUGCCUCCAAGGUACAUGGUGAAUGGAGCACCCGACAGAACGCAGUUCUUUGACCAUCGGGGGAAGAUGUUCUGCCCAGGCAAGAAAAGGGUUCCGGGGAGCUUCCCACUUCACAGGGUGCUCAAAAGCGAUGACCCGGAGUUUGUCAAAUUCAUCAGCUCCUGUUUGCGAUGGGAUCCGAAUUGUCGUAUGACGCCAGCGCAGGCGCUGGCUCAUAACUGGCUCCGGACCGCGGCCACCAGCACCACCACGGCCAGCAAAGCCACCACCACCACCACCGCUGCUGCUCCUGGCAGUGUGAAGCGCUCUGGAGCUGCUAAGCGACGAGUGGAGCUGGCACAGCGCCCAACCUCCUUGCUCGCCCAGGCCUCUAAAGAGAAGUUGAAGGUUGUGGAGGAAGAGACCAUGGUGGAGGAGCUGGUGGUGCUGGAGGAAGAGGAGACUCUGGUAGAGGAGUUGGUGGUACUUGAGACGCUGGUGGAGGAGUUGGUGGUACAGCAGGAGACCCUCGUGGAGGAGUUGGUGGUACUUGAGGAGACCCUGGUGGAGGAGAUGGUGGUACAGGAGACCCUGGUGGAGGAGUUGGUGGUACAGGAGGAGACCCUGGUGGAGGAGUUGGUGGUACAGCAGGAGACCUUGGUGGAGGAGUUGGUGGUACAGGAGGAGACCCUGGUGGAGGAGUUGGUGGUACAGGAGACCCUGGUGGAGGAGUUGGUGGUACAGGAGGAGACGUUGGUGGAGGAGUUGGUGGUACAGCAGGAGACCCUGGUGGAGGAGUUGGUGGUACAGCAGGAGACCUUGGUGGAGGAGUUGAUGGUACAGGAGACCCUGGUGGAGGAGUUGGUGGUACAAGAGGAGACCCUGGUGGAGGAGUUGGUGGUACAGGAGGAGACCCUGGUGGAGGAGUUGGUGGUACAGGAGGAGACCUUGGUGGAGGAGUUGGUGGUACAGGAGGAGACCCUGGUGGAGGAGUUGGUUGUACAGAAGGAGACGCUGGUGGAGGAGUUGGUGGUACAGGAGACCCUGGUGGAGGAGUUGGUGGUACAGCAGGAAAAGAGGAAGCAAGGGAGCCUGGCCCGCAUAGGGAGAGCCAUCCGCUCACUCCUCCGACGUGUGCUGCUUUGUGGUGGCCGGUCCACUGCACAGUAGGGGUGGUGGAGGUGGUGGAUCAGUGUGAACCCUGAUCACUUUUACCACACUCACCACACUCACAACACUCACCCUGCACCCACCCACCCUGUAAUACCCUGCACCCACCACACUCACCCUGCACCCACCACACUCACCCUGCACCCACCACACUCACCCCGCACCCACCACACUCACCCUGCACCCACCACACUCACCCUGCACCCACCACACUCACCCUGUACCCACCACACUCACCCUGCACCCACCACACUCACCUUGCACCCACCACACUCACCCUGCACCCACCACACUCACCCUGCACCCACCACACUCACCCUGCACCCACCAGGUGGAGGUGGUGGAUCGGUGUGAACCAUGAUCACUUUUACCACACUCACCACACUCACAACACUCACCCUGCACCCACCCACCCUGGAAUACCCUCCACCCACCACCCACACCCUGCACCCACCACCCACACCCUGCACCCACCAUACACACCCUGCACCCACCCAGUCCGUGAUACCCCCACCCACCACUCACACCCUGCACCAACCACACACACCCUGCACCCACCCAACCUGUGAUACCCUCCACCCACCACCCACACCCUGCACCCACCCACCCUGUGAUACCCUCCACCCACCACCCACACCCUGCACCCACCCAGUCCGUGAUACCCCGCACCCACCACACUCACCCUGCACCCACCACACUCACCCUGCACCCACCACACUCACCCUGCACCCACCACACUCACCCUGCACCCACCACACUCACCCUGCACCCACCACACUCACCCUGCACCCACCACACUCACCCUGCACCCACCACACUCACCCUGCACCCACCACACUCACCCUGCACCCACCACACUCACCCUGCACCCACCACACUCACCCUGCACCCACCACACUCACCCUGCACCCACCACACUCACCCUGCACCCACCACACUCACCCUGUACCCACCACACUCACCCUGCACCCACCACACUCACCCUGCACCCACCACACUCACCCUGCACCCACCACACUCACCCUGCACCCACCAGGUGGAGGUGGUGGAUCGGUGUGAACCAUGAUCACUUUUACCACACUCACAACACUCACCCUGCACCCACCCACCCUGUAA